AUGCUCGCAUUUUCUAUUCUUUUUCUUGCAUUCUGGCUACAGUCUUGCUGGGCUCAAAAUUCAUGUCCAGCUGUGACGCAGCACUUGACUGACCCCCCUUAUGACAACUAUUUCUACUCGGACUGCAACGGUGAUUCGCAAGCCGUCGUCACCAGCCCACUUCCCGACUCAAAUCUGAGUAUCAUCGGUCCUCGACUGAUCAUUGCCUGGCCGGCUGGCAACAGUGGGAUUUGCACCUUUUUUCAACCUCAGAACGGGCCCAAUGGAUCGCUGGCCAUAGAACUUGUCAAUUCUACUGUAGGAUCUCCAUUGGGUCCGGUCUACAGAACGGCUCAAGGCUCGGCAAAUCCAUUUGUUGGUGUACAGGGAAUCAUCUCGUUCAACACCUCGGCCACUUUGACCAUUCCAAUAUUGGGCAGUAUUAGAACCAUCCGAGACUUCACAGAAGGUCCGAGUCUGCUCCGUCCGAUCAUUCAGGAUGCGAUCAAUAUCACUAGAUCGAAUGGCACCGGAGCUACCCUCUCGCGACUGUGGCUAGACAAUGUUACCACUACUACCUUCACCAUGGUCCCUUACGAAAACCCGAGUUCCAACAUCACAAUUAACCAGCGGAAUAAGACCAUCAGCUUCGGCGCAGGGUUUUAUUGGUUCUCUGCGAGCUUCAACUACCCGCAACUGACGCAGCUUCCUCCGAGCCGAGUCCUGAAUACCGCCUCGCAGAACCUGAUCACCGAACAGCCGGACCAAACCACGUCGCUUUCAUUUUUGUCCUACACGGAAAAAUUGCUUGCGGGAGCAUGGAGAUUUCUCACCUACUUUGGUCGGGACAGCAUGAUCGCCACAUUGCUUCUGAAGCCAGUGUUGAGUCAAGGCAACGGUUCCGCGACAGAAGCCGUAAUUGGGGCAGUCCUCGAGCGACUCAACCGGACUGACGGAUCUGUCUGUCACGAGGAGACCAUUGGUGACUAUGCAACCUAUCUCAACUUGCAGGACAACAUCACCAGCACUGCCCCCGGUUUCACAUAUCCGAUGAUCGACACAGACUAUUAUCUCCCGGUUCUCAUGGCACAAUACUUCAACAGCAGCCCGUCCCGCAUCGGUCCGUUUCUGAGCCGCAGGGCGGGCACGAUCGAUAUACAAAAUCGCAACCUGACCUACCAGGAUUUGGCGCUCAUUAAUGCGGAGAAGAUCAUAAACAUCACUGCUGCAUUCGCGCAGAACCAGAUGUCAGCCAAUCUGAUCCACCUGAAGUCAGACCAGAUCGUAGGACAAUGGCGGGAUUCUACCUAUGGACUCGGAGGGGGUCGGAUUCCCUUCGAUGUCAAUACCGCUCUGGUCCCUGCCGCUUUACGCGCCAUUGGUCAACUAGCACGUACGCCAGGCAUCUUUCCGAACAAUUCGAACGUCAAUACUACUUCCUGGCGCACGCUUGCCGACUCCCGAGCUCAGAUUUGGGAAGAGAAUACGCUACAGUUCUUUGAAACCAAUAUCACAGCCUCGACUGCGCGGUCCCGCCUUGAAGAUUUCGUGGACACGGCCACAUUCUAUAACGGACCGACUAACGCUUCGUCGCUACCUUCAUCAGGCAACGUGACGACCUAUUCGAUUGCCCUGGACGGCUACAACAAUCUGUCGUCGGUCAACGUCCAGCACAGCGACAGCAGCUUCCGUGUGUUCUUCGUCAAUGCCACGUCUUCCACGCCAGAAGCCGAAGCACAGGAGACGCGAUUCAUCAACGCGACCGCGAACAGCUUGCUGCGACCCUUCCCGGCUGGUCUGAUGACACCCCAGAGCAUGAUUGUGGCAAACCCGGCGCUGUCGGGGUCGGACGUGCUGGUCGCCAACUUCACCAACGCGGCAUACCACGGCUGCGUAGUCUGGUCUUUCCAGCUCUCCAUGAUGGCCAAGGGUCUGGAGAGACAGCUUGCCCGGUGCAACGCUUCUAACUCGACGGCCUCUUCUUCUGCCACCGCCCGCCCCGCCUGGUGCGGGAUAUCCUCGGUGUACAACAACGUCGUGCGCGCGUACAACGCCCUGUGGGACAGCAUCGACGCCAACGCCGCGCAGCUGCAGGGCGAGGUGUGGAGCUGGACCUUCAACAACCGCACGGGCGACUUCGUGACCACGCCGUUGGGCGUCCUGCCGCCGCCACCUGGGGUUGGGGCCGGCACCGAAAGCGAUAUCCGCCAACUCUGGAGCUUGACGUUCUUGGCCGUCAGGAGGAAUGAAGAUCUGCAAUGA